AUCCACCUGCAUUAGCCAUAGAGUUUUGCAUUUGCGGUCCAUGACUCAGAUGGUGCUGAGUUCCUGUUUGGAAACUGGUCUCAGGUGCACAACCGAAAGGACACCUUGGAAAAAGGUAGCAGGGAGCAUUUUUGGAGCACCACCAUAUUUUCACCCUGCAGUUGAUCUUAGAAAGCUAUGGACGGCCCGCGGAAAACAAGAGUAAAGUUUGCGAGGGUGAAACAAGACGCCUGUCGUCUUUUCAAGAGGAAAUCUUCUUUCAGCGUGAAGUAUCUCAUCCCAGCUUUCUUGUCACUGGCACUCCUGGAACUGGUCUUUGUUCAGGCUCUCACACAAGUUGUCAUGCCUCUGAUGAGUGACACAAUGAACAUAAGCCAGCCUUCCAAUGAGACCACCACCACCACCACCACCACCCCUUCACAGGUUUCAAGUACCCGUAUACCAGUGACCCUGCCUGGAACCACCACCACCACCACCACCACCACCACCCCUUCACAGGUUUCAAGUACCCGUAUACCCGUGACCCUGCCUGGGACCACCACCAAAGGGUCAACCACCACAAACAACGGACAAAGUCAACCCUCUUUCUCAACAAGUCUGUUUGUUGUUCUGUUUGCAUUACCAGCAUUGUGGCGCUGUUUCACCCCUUCAUGA